AAUCAGUGGCGAGGGAGGUGCAACAGCUUUUAAAAAGGUUUUGUUUGAUAAAUAGUCAACAUUUCCUCUUCACACCAGACCCGAACACAGACGGACACUCCGGCGCUCAACGACAACAAUCGUUGUUAAAGCUCCACCCUGACUGCAGAUAUGAUCGUCUAACUUGGUCUCUGGGCUACAGCUCCACAGACUCUACAAACGAGGAUGGGAAACUUCCUUCAGCCCGUCAUCAUUCUCUUCUCUCUGCUCGUCUCAACAACAGGUGCUGUGCAGGUGGUUUAUGCCCAGGUUGGAGAGACGGUUAACCUUAAGCCUCUAGAGUUAAAAAAAUCACAUAAUUAUGUGUACUGGAAAUUUAUGGACCUUCAACUUGGCUGGCGCAAUCACUUUGGUGGAAAGUCUCUGACCAAUGAUAAGGCCUGGAAUAAUAAGCUGCAAAUGACUGACGACUCACUGAUCAUCCAAGACAUCCAACAAGAAAACUUUGGCACAUUUCAAGUGUCAGUGUCAAGUCAGUCUCCGCUCAUCUCGACCAUCUCGACCAUCAUACUUGUCAAACUUGAGGUGAGUAAGAGCCCCGCGUCUCCUCUGCUGCCUGGAGAAUCUCUGUCUCUCCAUUGCAGCGCAGAAGUUAGCCGGAAGCCGGAGAUUUACUGGUUGGAUCCCACAGGACAGAGAAAGACAAAUAAUGAUGGCAGUUUCUCCACAAGAGUCACAGGCCAACACAAUGGCGAGUGGACUUGUGUUGUCGCUCAACAAAAACAUGUCAAAAUGUCCAUCACAGUUGUGGAUCUUUCUCCAGCUCCUUCACAUGCUCAGUAUACGUCUACAUCUAUGCCCGUCACCAUCCCCUGCUCUCUCUCUCCUCACAUCACCUGGGAACAAAUCAAGGUUAAGGGCGUCGAGGAAGUUCACUGGCAAUUCUUCCCUCGGCAGUCUUCAGGCGUCAGUGCUGUUAAGGCACAGAGGCUUUUCUUCCUCUCACUGGAGUCGAUGCUUUUCACUGCAGAGCAAAACAGAGACCUGAGGCCUGUUCUACGGCCCACAACAGGAAAUUUCACUUUGACCAGAAAGCAGGGCAGAGAAGAAGACGCAGGAGACUACGUGUGCACGGUGAAAUUCAAAAAUGGCGUGACCCUGAACUCGACUGUACGCGUGGACGUGCUGCAGAGUAAGUCAGAGCAAACAGUGCAGCUCUUUGUUGCACUCACAUCUGCACUGAGAACUUUUGAAGUUUGCUUGUUUUUCUGUUUGACGUGCAUUUUUUAAUAGUCUCUCGUACCAUGCAAGUGUUUAAUCUCUCUGCUGCUGCUUGUUUCUUUGAACGUGUCCCCAGUGUGACGUGUGUCUAAUUCAGUGGCUAAUGCACUUGUCUAGCUUAACUUGUUUUAACAGUACACAACGAGGUGUCGCUCUGCCAGAGCGGCGAGAUUAAACAAAGAAUUUUAAUUGCAA